AUGGCAGAAGCUAAGCCAGCUGGUCAGAAAGUGCAUAUCAGCGAAAAGCCUAUCACGCUAGGUAACUGGUAUCAGCAUGUCAAUUGGAUUAAUACGACCCUUAUCUUGAUCGUCCCCGUUCUGGGCUGCCUUGCCGCUUUCUAUACUCGUCUGCAGGUCCCAACAGCCAUUUGGGCAAUUGUUUACUACUUCUGGACUGGCUUGGGUAUUACUGCGGGCUAUCAUCGGCUCUGGGCACAUCGAUCAUACGAAGCAAGCCUGCCGUUGAAGAUAUUCCUUGCCUGUGUCGGUGGCGGUGCUAUACAAGGCUCCAUCCGCUGGUGGAGCAGUAAACAUCGGGCCCACCAUCGAUGGACCGAUACGAACAAGGACCCUUACAGCGUCCACAAGGGCGUGUGGUACUCUCAUUUCAUGUGGAUGGUCUUGAAGCAGAACCCCAAGGAUAAAGGUCGCACCGAUAUCUCUGACCUGAACCAAGAUCCCGUGGUUGUCUGGCAACACAAACACUAUGUGUUUUUCAUUCUUGCUUUUGGCAUGCUUUUUCCAAUGACGGUCGCUGGGCUAGGCUGGGGCGACUGGAAAGGCGGCCUGGUAUACGCAGGAAUUUUGAGAUGGUUGUUCGUCCAGCAGGCGACCUUUUGUGUCAAUUCUCUUGCUCAUUGGCUUGGGGAACAGCCUUUCGAUGACAGAAACUCGCCUCGCGACCACGUAGUUACUGCUCUGGUGACGCUGGGCGAGGGUUACCACAAUUUCCACCACGAAUUCCCAUCAGACUAUCGCAACGCCAUUGAAUGGUGGCAAUAUGACCCGACCAAGUGGUCGAUCUGGGUGUGGAAGCAACUCGGCCUGGCCUCUAACCUCAAGCAAUUCCGAGCCAAUGAGAUCGAGAAGGGCCGUGUCCAGCAACUACAGAAAAAGGUUGACCAGAAGCGAGCCAAACUCGAUUGGGGAAUUCCCUUGGAUCAACUGCCAGUCUUUACCUGGGAUGAUUUUGUGCAAGAUGCUCAAAGCGGGAAGGCCCUCGUUGUCAUUGCUGGUGUGAUUCAUGACGUCACGGACUUUAUCAAUGAGCAUCCUGGCGGCAAGAUGCUCAUUAGUUCUGGCAUUGGGAAGGAUGCGACAGCACUUUUCAACGGUGGAGUGUAUAAUCACUCGAACGCGGCGCAUAAUCUUCUUUCUACUAUGCGCGUUGGAGUUAUUCGUGGUGGAGGUGAGGUUGAGAUCUGGCGGCAAGGACAUCCGGAGAAACUUGCGCCUGUCAGACCUGCUUGA